GAAGAGGCUGCCGCCAACAAUCAUGUGAAACCCUCACUUCCUCCGUGUAGUGCAGGUUCCCGACCACAAUCACCAAAGCAGAGGGGCAGGCAGCACACAGCCCUGCAGGCAGAGCAUCAGCCCAGCAAUGGUCCUUGAGAUGAGUGAACACCAGGUGUUCGACGCCUCUGAGCUUGCCUUCCUCCUGGAAAACUGUAGCUCUUCCUAUGAUUACGCAGAAAACGAGAGUGACUCCUGCUGUGCCUCCCCGCCCUGCCCGCAGGACUACAGCCUGAACUUCGACCGGGCCUUCCUGCCGGCCCUGUACAGCCUCCUCUUCGUGUUGGGGCUGCUGGGCAAUGGCGCAGUGGCGGCUGUGCUGUUGAGCCAGCGGGCGGCCCUGAGCAGCACCGACACCUUCCUGCUCCACCUGGCUGUGGCCGACGCACUGCUGGUGCUGACCCUGCCCCUCUGGGCAGUGGACGCAGCUGUCCAGUGGGUCUUCGGAUCUGGCCUCUGUAAAGUGGCAGGCGCCCUCUUCAACAUCAACUUCUACGCGGGGGCCCUCCUGCUGGCCUGCAUCAGCUUUGACCGCUACCUGAGCAUAGUGCAUGCCACCCAGCUGUACCGCCGGGGGCCCACCGCCCGCGUGGCCCUCACCUGUGUGGUCGUCUGGGGACUCUGUCUGUUCUUUGCCAUCCCAGACUUCAUCUUCCUGUCGGCCCGCCGUGACGAGCGCCUCAAUGCCACCCACUGUCAGUACAACUUCCCGCAGGUGGGCCGCACAGCUCUGCGGGUGCUGCAGCUGGUUGCUGGUUUCCUGCUGCCCUUGCUGGUCAUGGCCUACUGCUAUGCCCGCAUCCUGGCUGUGCUGCUGGUCUCCAGGGGCCAGCGGCGGCUGCGGGCCAUGCGGCUGGUUGUGGUGGUGGUGGUGGCCUUCGCCCUCUGCUGGACCCCCUACCACCUGGUGGUGAUGGUGGACACCCUCAUGGACCUGGAGGCCUUGUCCCGCAACUGUGGCCGAGAAAGCCGUGUGGAUGUGGCCAAGUCAGUCACCUCGGGCCUGGGCUAUAUGCACUGCUGCCUCAACCCACUGCUCUAUGCCUUCGUGGGGGUCAAGUUCCGAGAGCGCAUGUGGAUGUUACUUACGCGCCUGGGCCGCCCUGACCUGAGAGGGCACCAGCCGUCGUCUUUCCGCCGGGAUUCAUCCUGGUCUGAGACCACAGAGGCCUCCUACUCGGGCUUGUGAGGCUGGAUGGGUGCUCCUUUUGCCACGCAGCCUGACUGCCCCCACAUUCCAGGCUCCUCCGGGUUCCUCCCUCCCUUCCCUGUAGCCUCAUUCCCCACGCACACUCCCGAGAUUCCCUGGUGGCCCCGGCAUCACCUGGUCUCCCAGGGAGGCACCCCCCUGGCUCUGGGGGCUAUGCCACUGCUGCUCCUUAGCUGCCAAGCCCUGUUGCCACUUCAGAGGUGGCUGCCUUGGGGCCCUUAUUGCCUUGGCUGCUAGGAGCCUCACUGCCCUCCUUAUUUAGUAACUAGACCUUGGCCUUCCCCAUGUUCACAGAGCAGGAAGCCAGCAGCAUAGAAGCUGUCCCUAUAGGGUCUUGACCCAGGCCUCCAACUCAGCAGCGACUGUAGCUGCGGUCCCCAAGGCCUCCGUAUUUGCUCAUGUUUAUGUCUAAAAUUCUGCUUAAAACUUUUCAAUAAAUGAGAUCAUCAGGACCAGGGUGUGUUAGUAGUGCAUCA